UGAAAAUGGGAUGCACGAAUUAAUGUUUCUAAGACUUGUAACAAAGAUCUAGAAUUUGAAAAGAAAAUUAUGGAAGUUCGAAAUUUAUUGAUCUGAUUAAUUGAGUAUCACAUUGUGUAGGGGUUGAUAAAACAUAAACGCUUCUCACAAUUAAUUUCUUCAUUUUAAGGCUCGAACGUUGUGAUUUUGAUUAAUUAAUUUGAGUUGACGUUACUUACAGUAUCAGUCAAAAUAUAUCGAUCCGAUUAAUUUAAUCUGAAUAUGUAUCAUGUAAGGUUCAUUAAAGAAGAAACGACUACUACUAAGAGUUUCUCUUUUUUUUUCGAGGCUCGAAGGUUUACCGAUAACUAAUCUAACUGUCGGAACCUACUGAUUUAGCUAAUCUGAACUUACGUAUUAUAUAGGGCUCACUUCUUAUCGAAAUUUUUUUCUUCAUUUUUCAGACUUGAAACUGAGAUUUCUGAUUAUAAGUGGAGAGAUAACACACCCUUAUUGAUGGUCCUAUUUUUUUCUAUUGACCCUUUAUUAAAAGUGCCUCUUUAGUAAACAUAUAAUAUAAUCUUCUUGCUUGAGACUUUAAUAUAUAUACCACAAUGUCUACAUUUUUGUAAAAUCAUCAUUAUCUCUCUCUCUCUCUUUUUUUUCCCCUCAAUACCAAUCUAUUGGAUUUCUCAUGGAGAAUCAGUCUCUAAAAUCAGAAUCCAUCAUGCAAAAAGAAUUGCCAACUUGUUAUAAACAAGUAGCCAUAGAAUCAUUAUCUAGAUUUUUCAAGGAUCCACACAUUUUUAGUGAUUUAAAUCAUGAAAUUACUUUUAUAAAUUCUUCUCCAACAAAAUUUUCUGAAUUUCUUCCACUUAAUUUCCAUCAAAAUGAAUCGUCAUUAUCAUUAUCAUCAUCAUCAUCAUCAUUAUCGACUUCUUCAAGUUAUCAACAUCAUCAAGAUCAAGGGAAUAAUAACAACAUUUUUCCUUUAAAUAAUUUUCUUGAUCAUCAAACAUGUGCUUCUUCAACAAAUUCACUAUCAAGUAAUUACCCAACUUUAGGGUUAUUUUUGCAAGAGCCUUCCAUUUUAGAGAUUUCAAAAAGGGCAGCUGAAUCUCUAAGCAACAAGAAUCACAAGUCAUCAUCCGCGGCGUUAUUCCCUAUGUCUUCAUCAAUAGGUCAUGAGAGCCAAAUUCAUUAUAAAGAGGUUGCAACUACAAAUCCAACAAAUUGGUUGAAAAUGAAUCAAACCAUAACAAAUUGUACCACAACAAAAGGUUUUAGUGACUAUUGGCUCAGCACUACAAAAACUCAACCAAUGAAAUUCAAAGGAUCAUCAAGAAAAUCAUCACUUGUUCAUUAUGAAAAGUCAUCGUCGUCGUCAUCAUCAUCAUCUUCUUCUUCUUCUAUGAUCGCUUCCCAAGGGAAGCUUUUUCGAGGAGUAAGACAAAGGCAUUGGGGAAAAUGGGUGGCGGAAAUAAGGCUACCAAGAAAUAGGACUAGGGUUUGGCUAGGGACAUUUGAUACUGCUGAAGAAGCCGCUUUUGCUUAUGAUACCGCGGCUUAUAUGCUAAGAGGUGAUUAUGCAAACUUGAAUUUCCCACAUUUGAAGAAUCAAUUAAAGGCUAAUUCUAUCAAUGGGAACAUAACAUCACUCCUUGAGGCGAAAAUUCGAGCAAUUUCAACACAAUCAAAAAAGAAGGCUAAUAAUAGUAGUGAUCGCGAUGAAAUUAUUAUAUCUCCAAAAGGGCUAUCGGAUGAUGAUGCAACAAUCAAGAACACGAUCGUUCAGAAUCAAGAGAAGGAAAUUAAUUGUGAGAAACUAAUGGAGAUUACUAAGGUGAAGAAUAUUAAUAAUCAAGAAAAUGUUGAUGGUGUUCAAUUGAGUAGAAUGCCAUCUUUGGAUAUGGAUAUGAUUUGGGAUGCACUUCUUGUUUCUGAUUUAUCAUGACACUCAAUUAAUGUAUUGUAUUUUGUUUUUUUAUUUACCAAAAUUAUUUCAAGAUCAAGAGCAUACAUGCAUAUAGUUGUUUAAUUUUAUAAAAAAAAAUAUUCACUUUUUUUGGAAGAUCAUGUAGUGACAUUGGUUGGAUUUAUGCUAUAUCAAUUUGUUGUUUUAAGUGAGUGUUCAUUAUUAUUAUUUUUUUUAUCAUGUAAUGUUUUUUGUUUUAAUGGCCAUAAGUUUGUUUUGUGUGU